UUAGUUCAAUUACUUUAGAGUUCAGAAGUCGAUGGAUCCCUUGAUUAAUCGUUUCAUCGCCUUGCCCAAAUGGGAUUAUUUAUCAAGCGCAGUCUCUCCCUCCCUCUCCAGAAAAAGAAGAAAACACUGAAAUUAUAUAUCUUCAAAGUUUAAAGAUGGCAGGGAAUUUGGGGAAGGAGAAUUCCAGUUCGGUUCAGGAUCUUCAAGAUCCAUGUAUCACCGGCUGUGGUCGUAAGCGGCCCCGAGGUUCUGUUCAAGCAUCAUCAUCUAGAGCUGGUAAGAAAACCAAACCGGAAAUCGACAGAGAUUACCGUGAGAGAAAGAAGGAAGAGGUGAAAAAUUUGAAGGCAGAGAUGGAAGAACUUAAGGAAAGCAAAUUCCACCUUGAUGGACAAGCAUUUCAGUUGAGAAUGGAUCUGAAGGAAACUAGAGAAGAAAAUACCAACCUGAAGAUCGUGCAAAAGAGUCAAAGUGAUUCAAUACUUGAACUUGAGAAGAAUCUGAUUGCCUUAGGUGAGCAUUAUCAAAAAGAGAUUCGUGCCUUGAAAGAGGAACACGCACAGAAAAUGCUGGAGCGCGACAGAGAGUUGAAUGCCUUAAAAGAGGGAUAUGAAUGGCAGAUGGGGGUGUACACCUCGGGGCACACAGACGUGGGAAAUUGGCAUACUGGGAAAGCUGGAGAGAUGAACAACCCCGUGGAGAAUCCUGCCACUGCUCAGGCCACCACCAACUUCUUGAACUUUGACAACGCAUCCCAAAUUAAUGGCCUCACUCGGCAAGGCAUGUAACGGGGUAAACCCUUAUUUUAUAUUUUCAAGUUUGGAUUCCCUAAGGCCUCAAACUAUACUGAGAGGCAUGAAUAAUUGCUAGAUGGACACCUUCUUUGUGAGACAAUGUGGCAUUUUAUCGUAUGGGCUGCGCUCAGCCUAUUGGAUAUUCUCUUUAUCAUGUAACCUUAUUUAAUGGUGUUUGUUUUA